CUCGCGCACUCUCUCUUUCUUUGUGCUGGUCCACAUUUCCCUCAUCUGUACAUAUCAUACAUCAAGUCAUACAACACAAUGCGCUCAAACACCUUCACUGUCCUUUUCACUUUGCUCGUCGCCUUCGGUGCCUUCUUGAUCGAUGCCCGUAAAACAGAAUCUGAUGCCGCUGUGCGCCGUCAAGCCAACCGUGUCGACAAACGCAACUCUUACUCAGGCCAAGCUACAUGGUUCAUUCCAUCGAUCCACGGUGGCUCCAUGGGUGCCUGCUGGGAAUAUGAAGCUGAUGAUGAAUAUGUUGUUGCUAUGAACUCAGUGCAAUAUGGCGAUAUGACAAAGCAGAGCGGCUGGUGCUUCAAGAAGGUUCGAGUCUACCACCAAGGCAAACACGUUGAUGCUGUUGUCAAGGACGCUUGCCCCGAGUGCAAGUAUGGCGAUUUGGACUUGACCCCUCCCGUAUUCAAGGCCCUUGGUGAUUUGGAUACCGGUAUCCUCGAUAUUACCUGGCAUGAAAUCUAAAUAAAGCAAUCUAUGGUGCAG